UCUGAGGCACAAAACUUUAGGGAUAAUAUAAAAAAAGCAAAACUAUCACAAAAUGGUAAACAUUAAAAACUUCAGAAAAGAAUUCUUUAAAAAAUUUAAGGCCAAUCUUACGGCAAACACUGGCUAGAAUCAACAAUCAGUCUUUGUCAGGUGACGUAACCCUCGCGACCGCCGAGUUGCAUUAUGGGUGUUGGCCACCAUUUGUGUUGUAUCAGAGUUAGCGAGAGCAGUUUGCAGGUCUAAGCGAUUUUCAAAACAAACACGAUGGUACGUUCUUGCUGCGUUAAGAACUGUAACAGUAAGUCGCACGAUCGAAAAGGAAACAGAAUUAAUCACAACGACAAAUAUUUUAAGUUUCCCAUCUGGAAGCAAGGAUAUGGAAAGAAUGUGGCAGAAAUAACAAAGAGACGUCGGAUGGCCUGGGUUGCUGCAGUGAGACGCAAAAAUAUAUGUUUUGCAAACAUAUCUCCGUAUAUGUAUGUUUGCUCUCGACAUUUCCACAAAGGUAAGCACUUUUUAAGCUACUUUACGAUUAUCAUUGAUUGGGCUUUUAAAUGCUUAUGUUAAUUCAAUGUAACACUUCUGUUUUGAGUGUACAACAUUUUACAAUCUGAUAGUAAAGCUAAUUGUGAAAAUAAUUUAAAUUCACGGAAGUUAUAACUGACUUUAGCUGAUUUACUCACCCCUUGUAAAAUGCUUUAUUUAUGUUUUUUUUAUUUUUUUGAAAACCUUCCAGAAUUUUUCUUCAUGUAGAGCAUUUUUGUUAAAUGUUUGAAAACUCCACAUCUCAGCUUUAUGAAACUGUUUUUUUUUAAUCAUUUUGGAAAUCACUGUUGAAAAAUCUAAUUUAAGGAAUUGAACAAUUAUAAGAAAAUUAAAUUCUAUGACUGAGUUAAUACUUUAAGAGGUUAAGCGUUAAACCUAUCAGGUUUCUUAUGCUUAUAAGUGACAUACUGCCCUAUGUAGCAAUGUAGUGCUUUAUUGUACUUAUUCUUUCUAUGUGAACAAUGUUUCGCUGUAAUUACAUUUCUAUUUUUGUCAUAUGCAGGCCAACCUGCUUAUGAAAUGAUGGACACCGACCCAGACUGGGCACCAUCUCUACAUCUGGGCCACACAGAAAUUAAACAGACUAACACUGCACGCUCUGCAAGACGAACCAGGAGGGGGGAAAUAAAGUCUACACUGCACUCAGCUGAACAUGGGGGAGAACGACGUGCAGAGAAGGUGAGAAAUGAGAUUGAAGAUUGUGAGAGACACACUGAGGAGGAAUGAGACACAGAAGAAAUGACACAUGAGGUUGAAGAUGGUGACAGACACACUGAAGAGGAGGUGACACAUGAGGUUGAAGAUGGUGACAGACACACUGAAGAGGAGGUGACACAUGAGGUUGAAGAUGGUGACAGACACACUGAAGAGGAGGUGACACAUGAGGUUGAAGAUGGUGACAGACACACUGAAGAGGAGGUGACACAUGAGGUUGAAGAUGGUGACAGACACACUGAAGAGGAUGUGACACAUGAGGUUGAAGAUGGUGACAGACACACUGAGGUACAUGAGACACAAACUGAAUGUAAAUUGUGCAUUGACAGGUACGUGGAAGUAAACCGUCUUUUGGAAGAGAACCGACAGCUGCGUUGUGAACUGGACAAAUACAGGAUGUCGUAAGGAUUUUUCAACAAUAAUGAUGACAAAGUAAAGUACUACACCAGUCUCCCAAACCUAGGAACCUUUAUGGCCUUAUUUCACUUUUUGGUGCCCCUUAUGCCUGACCAAAACAAAAUUCUUAGUCCAUUUCAGAUGCUGCUUCUAACCUUUGUGCGCCUCAGACUGGAUUUGCCUGCACAACACUUAGCCCACCUCUUUCACGUUUCACCAAAGACAGUCUACAGAACAUUUAGUGAAAUGAUUUCUUUUCUGCACGCAAACCUGAAGCGCUCCAUUGUAUGGCCAGACAGAGAAACUUUGCACAAAGUUAUGCCUCACCA